AUGCAGUUCAAGCUUUCCUCCCUCCUCGCCGCCGCCCUCCUUGCUACCGGGGCUCAAGCAGGCCCCGCCCUCUACGGCAUCUGCCAGACCGGCUGCAACACCCUCGCCUUCGCCUGCUACGCCGGCGCGGGCUUCACGUUCGGAACCGUCACCGCCGGCCUCGGCAUCCCCGCCGUCAUCGUCGGCUGCAACACAGCGCUGGGCACCUGCUCGGCGGCCUGCGCCGCCGUCACGCUCCUCGCCCCGACUCCGUAG